GCCGUGGCGGCCCCGGCGGCACAGCUGUCCCGGCCCAGCACGCCCGCCCGCCCUAGUAACGCCAGGCCACGGAGGCAGCCGGCGACAGCACCCGGAGCCUCCCCCCGAGCCGCGCCGCCCCGCGCCGCAGCGCCCGGCACCCGCCAGCCCGAUGGGACCGCAGCGGCGGCUGCUCCCCGCCGCGGCCGCCCUGCUCUGGGGCUUCCUGCUCCCGCUGACAGCUGCUCAGGAAGCAGUCCUGCAUGCAUCUGGAAAUGGCACACCUUUACCAUCUAAGGACUACUGCAUGUUGUAUAACCCUCAUUGGACAACUCUUCCAAGUACACUAGAAAAUGCAACUUCCGUUAGUUUGAUGAAUCUGACUUCCACACCGCUAUGCAACCUUUCUGAUAUUCCUCCUGAUGGUAUAAAUAACAAAGCAGUUGUGGUACACUGGGGAACCUGCCAUUUUCUUGAAAAAGCCAGAAUUGCACAGAAAGGAGGUGCUGAAGCAUUGCUGGUUGUCAAUAACAGUGUCCUAUUUCCUCCCUCAGGGAACAGAUCUGAAUUUCAUGAUGUGAAAAUACUGAUUGCAUUUGUAAGCCAAAAAGACUUUAAAGAUAUGAAUCAGACUCUUGGAAAUAACAUUACCGUGAAAAUGUAUUCCCCAUCGUCACCUAGCUUUGAUUAUACCAUGGUGGUCAUUUUUGUAAUUGCCGUGUCCACUGUGGCAUUAGGUGGAUACUGGAGUGGACAAAUUGAAUUGGAAAACUUGAAGGCAGUAACAAAUACUGAAGACAGAGAAAUGAAGAAAAAGAAGGAAGAAUAUUUAACUUUUAGUCCUCUUACAGUUAUAAUAUUUGUGGUCAUCUGCUGUGUUAUGAUGGUCUUACUUUAUUUCUUCUACAAAUGGUUGGUUUAUGUUAUGAUAGCAAUUUUCUGCAUAGCGUCAGCAAUGAGUCUGUACAACUGUCUUGCUGCACUAAUUCAUAAGAUACCAUGUGGACAAUGCACGAUUGCGUGUCGUGGAAAAAGCAUUGAAGUGAGACUAAUUUUUCUCUCUGGACUAUGCAUAGCCACAGCUGCUGUUUGGGCUGUAUUUCGAAAUGAAGAUAGGUGGGCGUGGAUUUUACAGGAUAUUUUGGGGAUUGCUUUCUGUCUAAAUUUAAUUAAAACACUGAAGUUACCCAACUUCAAGUCGUGUGUGAUACUUCUAGGUCUUCUCCUCCUCUAUGAUGUGUUUUUUGUUUUCAUAACACCAUUCAUCACAAAGAAUGGUGAGAGUAUCAUGGUUGAACUUGCAGCUGGACCUUUUGGAAAUAACGAAAAGAAUGAUGGAAACUUGGUGGAAGCCACUGCUCAACCCUCAGCUCCCCAUGAGAAAUUGCCAGUAGUCAUCAGAGUACCAAAGCUGAUCUAUUUCUCAGUAAUGAGUGUGUGCCUCAUGCCUGUUUCCAUAUUGGGUUUUGGAGACAUUAUUGUACCAGGCCUGUUGAUUGCAUACUGUAGAAGAUUUGAUGUUCAGACUGGCUCUUCUUCUAUAUACUAUGUUUCCUCCACAAUUGCCUAUGCUGUUGGCAUGAUACUUACAUUUGUUGUUCUGGUGCUGAUGAAAAAGGGGCAACCUGCUCUCCUCUAUUUAGUACCUUGCACACUUAUUACUGCCUCAAUUGUUGCUUGGAGACGUAGGGAAAUGAAAAAGUUUUGGAAAGGUAACAGCUAUCAGAUGAUGGACCAUCUGGACUAUGCAACAAAUGAAGAAAACCCUGUGAUUGCUGGUGAACAGAUUGUCCCGCAAUAAUAGUAUGUGAACCUGCAAUCAUGUGCCAAUUGAUUUUCUACAAAUAGAGUUUGACUUGUAAAAUCGACCUUUGAAUUGACAAUCUGGAAGAAUCUUCAGUGACAUGCUUGCAAGCAUAUAUUUUUAUGAGCUGGUACUGACAAUUACAUCACAAAUAAUUAAAAUGCAUUUGCUUUUAAUCAUGUUAAAGUUGUGCCUUCACAUUAAAUAAAAGCAUAUGGUCUGUGUAAUUACUAAGAAGUAUUAUAUACAGUAUAUUUUUC